AUGGUUUUUUCGACGACCUUGACACAACAGGUCAUGGGACACACUAGCGUUGUGAGUGGUCGUGUAGAAUCUCAGCUCAUUGCGCAUGACAAAGAGGUGUACGAUAUUGCUUUCAGUCGUGCAGGUAGUGGUCGUGAUAUGUUCGCCAGUGUAGGAGCUGAUGGUUCUGUCCGCAUGUUCGAUAUUCGAAAUCUGAAACAUUCAACUAUAAUUUAUGAGGAUCUGAAUCAUGCUCCGUUACUGAGACUGGCCUGGAAUAAGCAAGAUACAAAUUAUUUGGCCACGUUCGCCGUGGAUUCUGUGGAGGUUAUCAUUCUCGAUCUGCGUGUCCCGUGCACACCUGUGGCUCGAUUAAACAGUCACCGGGCUUAUGUGAAUGGCUUGGCUUGGGCACCACAUUCAAGCUGUCAUUUGUGCACAGCAUCUGAGGAUUGUCAAGCUUUGAUUUGGGAUAUUCAAUCCAUGCCCCGAGCAAUCGAAGAUCCGAUUCUGGCCUAUACAGCCGCCGGAGAGAUCAAUCAAAUCCAGUGGUCAUCAACACAACCAGAUUGGAUUGCAAUUUGUUACAACAGUGCUAUGGAAAUCCUGCGUGUCUGA